CCUUUGUAUCAUUUGGCGGUGGAAUGUGGCUUUGUUUCAACGCUGGUAGGUUAGGGUUAUGAGAAGAGGAAUUUUCAACAUUUCAUGGCCUUAAGUACUCUGAUAGAAAGGCAUUCUUUGAAGUAAGAACGUUGAAUGCUUUGCGAUUGGCCUUUUAAUUCACUGGAAAGGGAUCCUGAAGGUUUAUGAAUAAAGGUUUUAACAGCGCAUCAAGGAUUUCUAUGUUGAAGGAGUUGUGGGACAUUUUUUAUUUGACAUGACCGCUCCGGCAUUACUGGCUAAGGCUCUUUUUGACAACCUUGCCGAUGCACCUGAUGAAUUAAGUUUUAGGAAAGGUGACAUUAUUACUGUGCUGGAACAAGAUGUGGAUGGCUUGGUGGGCUGGUGGCUUUGUUCAUUACAUGGAAAACAGGGAAUUGCUCCUGGAAACCGUCUACAGGAAAUCAAACGGCGAUUAGAAGAGCAAAAUUCACCUGUAUCACCAAAGCUUGGUGAACAUUUUACAUUUGAAGAGAUAGAUUAUGAUGUACCAAAGUCUUGUGAGCCUCUAGAGGAUUAUGCUGUACCACGGGGACUAACAAGUCCUGAUUAUGAUGUACCAAAUUCAAAUAAACUGGAUGGACAUGGACAAUCCACAGCUGAACAGAUUUGGAACUUAGAACAUCACUUUAAUAAUCUUCCUGGUAGUAGUUCAUUUUACAGUGAAACCAAUAAGACAUCAGGAACUGAAAAAUUAAGUGAUGAUGUGUAUGAUGUACCCUCGGGGCUUGUUGAAGACAACUUUCCUCAAGAUGUUUAUGAUGUUCCUCACCAUGCACUGAACAGAGAAGAGACUGGUGUAGAUAACUUAACACAACUUGAUAACUAUUCAGAAAGUGGUAAUGUCCUUGAUCCAGGCAUUUCAAGAGAAAAUUUUAGGAUUGAAUGUCCCUCACAUGCUCCUGAAGAACCUGAUAUAUAUGCAGAAAUAUAUGAUGUUCCUCCAGCAACUGAUCAUGAAAAGACACCUGACAGACUGGUGAAUGGAGCAGGUACUUCUCCUAGUGAAAGUACACAUUCCAUUCCCCAAGAAAACAACAUCAGUGCAGAGUUAACCAGCUGUGUAACUUAUUUGUUGUCUGGUGUCAGUGGUGACAGCAAUCGUCAAUCAACAUCUAGCUCAGACAGUGCAAAGAUAAGCUCAGAUGAUGACUAUGUUGAUUAUCAAGAGAUUUAUGGAGAUGGUAGAGUGAAAGAUGUCAGUAUAUAUGAUGUCCCUGUUCAGCCAAUUGCACUGGAGCAGGGCAGUGGACUCCCUACUACAAAAAGAACACAAGUAAGCAUUCUACAGCGUAUAAAUAUGAAUGCUGUCAAGGGACUAAAGCUGAAUAUACCAGAUGCAUUGCAGCGUUUGACAAAACUUGAACAAGCUGUUAAUGGUGCAGUUAACAAAUUGUUGAGCUUUGUCACAGUUACAUGGCGGAACCCAGAUGUUCUAAAGCCUCAUCUUGCAGACAUCAGAGAUAUUGCUGGGAAGGCAAAGGUGGCUUUGAGAUUAUUAACAGAAUUUGCUCUCAGCUCAUUGGUCAAUGCAAGAAAUCUCCCAAACCAUCAGGAACUCAGUGGUAAGCUGAGCAGAGCAGUUGAGCCGUUGUUGGAAACAUAUUACUCAGUCAAACUGGCACUGCAAAGACUUGAUGAAAAUGGUUGGAGUGUUGCUUUGGAAAAGAGUAUCAAAACACAUGAUGACCUUGAUCUGAUUAUGGUGCACAUCCGCUCUGUUCCUGAGAAUUCACAAAACUUGGCUGCUGUUAUUCGUACAGCUGCAACUGUACUUUACAGCAAACCAAGCAAAAAAAGUCAAGGAGAAGUUUCCAUGUCAUAUCGAUGGAAACAUGGUAAUGACUCACAUAUGCAUAGAGUAGAGCAAAACAAAAUCUCAGAGGCAGAGUCAGAUCAAUCAGAACUGGAGAAGCGAACACUGAUCACAAGUGUAAUAAAAAACACUGUUGAUGCAAAUUUCAAGCUUGCAGCUAAUGGAGCAAAGUGGAGUCCUACCACAGUUCGGCGUGUUUGUGGAAUGGACACUCCUAAAAGGAACAGUAAUAGCAGUGAGGAAGAAAGCACAGCACCAAAGCUUCCAGUGCGCUUGCAUUCCUUUAAAGGCAGAGGCAGAGACUCCAGUUCAGGAGAAGAUGCAAAAUCCCCCCCACCACCUCCACAGAGAAAGGACAGCAAUGAAAAGUGCCAGCAUCUUAGGCAGAAAAGUUUAGAUAAAUUUCCUCUUGAAGCAACUACAAUGGAAACAUUGGGGCCGCCUCCCAAACCAAAAUUGGACAGAAAAAAUACAUCAAGAAAAAGUUAUAAGAUUCCUUUGUACUCUGAUCGCAAUAAGGGAAACAUAAACUGGAGAGAGCACAAGACAUCUGAAACAGAACCAGCCACACCUCGCCGGAAGUGUAAUUCAGAUCCAACACAGCUACAAGAUCACAAUGAUAUGAAGGAAGAACAAGAUUCAUUAGAAAAAAACAAUUUUGCUCACAGCUUGCUCAAGCAGAGCUUAGUGCAUAUCUCUGAUUCUGAUUUACCCCAGAGUUUGAAAGGUGCUAGUGAUGGCCACUCAUCAACUCUUCCACUUCAAGAUAAAAGAAAAUUAUUCUUUGAUUUUACCAAUGUUGCACCUAGGCCAGUACAUCAACAUCCCUUUUCAAACUUGAUAAAAGACAAUGGUGCCACAAAGGGAUUUAUGGUGUCUUUGAAUGAUCGUGAGCUUCUAGAAUUCUACAAGUACGAGAUAGAUGCCCAAUUAUUUGUGCUUAGUGAGGCUAUGAAAGGAUUUUUUGCUGUUGUUGACAAGAAUGAGAGUCCAAAGGUGUUUGUGUCCAGUAGUAAAUUUAUUGUGUUGAGUGCCCACAAGUUUGUGUACAUUGGUGAUACUUUGAGCAAGAGGAUCAAACAAGUUGAUCUUAGGAGUGAAAUAAUAGGUGUGACUAACAAACUGUCCAACUGCAUCAAGAGUUUAGUGGGUGCAACAAAGUCAGCAGCAUUGCAGUACCCUGCAUCAAAUGCUAUGCGGGAGAUGAGUGAAACUGUUGUCCAAGUAAACAAUGCUGCGAUUGAGUUGUACCAGGUAGUAAAAAAAACAACAAAGAAUGGCUAGAACAGGAAUAUUCCUAAGUAUGGUCAUAGGAGUCAUAUUUCAGAAGAUCAAGAUGAGUGUGUUACAAAGUGAAUCAUGUACUUGUAAUUUAUGGUGUCUUGGUUGCUUGAAAUUAACAUCUCAUGGCCAUUUUGCCUUGGAUGUGAAGAAUGUUUUUCAUCUCCUCUCCUUAUGAUAAUGAUUGCUGUAAUGAAUUUUUCAAUUUUUUUAGGAAAUAUUGACAUAAUUGAAUGAAGAGGUCAGAAAGUGACAUUUUUUUCAAAGUAAGCCAUUUAGAGCAUCAAGUGAAGGGUAACUAGACAAGAAUGUACGACUCAUGAAUUUCAUUUUUCUCUCUUUCAACAAAUGUGAUGGAGAGCUAACCCAAAUGCCUUUAAUUCUCAAUUACUCUCUAUAUUAAAGUUUUAUUUUCAGCAGAGUGCUUACUCAGAUAAUUGAUAUUUAUAUUUUAAGCAUGACCAUCUGGUGAAAACAAUAAUCAAUCUUUAAUCAGCACAUGAUGCAAUCAAAUUUUAAAGGAAGUGGUUAUAUACCUCUGUUUCAAAAUUUAAGUAUUUUAUAACAUGUUGAUAGUGGCUUGAUUAUAGAAAGUAUUAUUAAGGAGCAACGUACUUCUCAUGUCAUGUGACUAGUAGAGAACUAUGUAAACAAUAUUUGUAACAAGAAGACAGUUGGUUUAGUUUAUAUUCUUAGGCCGGAUGUAGAAAAAUAUGAAAAUAUUUUGCAACCCCAAGAAUUUCUGUGAACAUCAUUGUUCACAGAUCAGGUUUACGUAACCUUUCAAAUUCACCUUCAUUGUCUUUUUUACUGGCUAUAUUUUUUUACCAGUUAUACUUUAUUUGUUGGGAAAGAUUUCAUGAUUUACACUAAUUUGUAAAUAUUAAAAUUUGCAGCUUACAAAA